AUGGUGAUGUUGUGUUUCGUUUUGAGUGGUUCAGGUGUGUACUGCUGUUGUGCUGCCUUUCUGCUUCUGUUCUCUGUUGCUCCUUAUGAAGAAGGAAGUUACCACCAAACGCGAAUCGCCACUCUGGAAUUCGAAGGCUCUGAAAGGACCAACAACCGCACACACACAUAUAUUUAUAUGCUCUCACGUGUUGCUGCAGUGAAGGCACCCAACGCACACAACCGUCGCCGCGUGACCGGAUCCAGCGGAAGGAUGAGGGGAGGAAGAGAGAGUGAGCCGCAGAGGCCCAACAUGUCCCGGCGUGUGUUUACUUCCGCGGUGCUGCUUCUCCUUGUGAUGUACUGUGAAGUUGAAGGUGCACGCGCUGCGGGGAGUAAUGUAAGGGAUACAGUUGCUGCGUUGAUGGGGAUUAAAAAGGAAAAGCUUGACAUGUGGGAGGAUGUUUCUGACGCUGGUGGUAAAUAUGGCUUGCUUCUUGGUCCCAGUCUUGUUGAGGUGCAGGGUCAUGUAUUUGCUAUUGCUGAAGCCCACUGCAAGGAUUGGGGUGACUGCAGCGACGCCAGCUUUACUGGGAUUGCGUCAUGGUACUUUGAUUUAAGUGGUGUCGCUGGUCCAACGGAGAUCUCGACGGCAGAUACGAGUAACUUUGGCGCAUAUCCUCUAAAGGAAGGUUCUGAGGGCGUCAGCACCACAAACGGCAUAACGCGACCAACGACACUUGUAAUUGGGGACAGUGUUUACAUGCUCCUGGGAAACUACAGCCGUACAGAGCAGCAGAUUCAAGGUAGGAAUGAGCGGGGCCCCUUACUCGUGAAGGGAUCUCUCACUGAUGAGGAUGGAAAGAAGAAAAUCAGAUGGAAUGAGACCCAUGCAGUGAGCUUUAGAGCCCCAGGAGAUCCUUAA